AGGUGAUGCUUGGUGUACAGGUCAGCAUCUGAUGGGAACUUUCUUGUUGUGUCUUAGCCCCAGUGGAAACUUUCUUGUUGUGUCUUAGCCCCAGCCAAGAUCCUUGUACCUCUCUUCAGGAGCUGUUCAUGCAGCAACUGUGGUUGCACUGUUAAACCAGCUCCGCUGCUUUUCCUUGCUGGCUAAAAUGAUCCCAAAGUUGUGCAGAGCUCAAGGGAAAAAGUGGUCUGCAACCCAAAGGGUCAAAGUGUCUCUUAACCACCUUCCCUGUCCCAUGUGUCCAGGUCAGGAGCAGGAGGAUGGAUUGCGUGAAGUGUCUCUCUCCACCCAGAGACUGCGUGUGCUGCCUCCUGCAGUCCUGAGCAACCCCAUGCUGGAGAGCCUUGACGUCGACAGGAACAAGCUCAGGACAGUCACCGGCAUUUCUAAGCUUUGCAAACUGAAGAAGCUGAUACUGUCCAAAAAUGAGAUUGUGGACUUUCCCAAUGAAAUCCAGAGCCUUGUCUGUUUAGAGAGGCUUGAGCUGAAUCAGAACCAAAUCAGGGUCAUCCCAGAGGGGAUUUUCUCCCAUCUCCCCAGGCUUAAACACUUGCGGCUGAACAACAACCGUCUCUGUGCCCUCCCCAGGGACCUGGCAGCUUGUCAAGGCAGCCUCCAAUACCUCAACAUCUCCAACAACCUUUUCCGGACCUUCCCACUGCCUGUCCUGCAGCUGGCACAUUUACAGGAGCUCCAUGUGCAGAAUAAUGCCCUUCGCCAGCUCCCCAAGGAGCUCUUUCAGAGGCAAUCCCUGAAAAUGUUUAAGGCCAAUGGGAACCCCCUCCGGGAGCCACCCAGUGAAGUGUGCGCUGGUGGCAUUCAGCAGAUACGGAAUUACUUCAUCCAGCUUCAACACGGUUUGGGGCAGGAGGACAAAAGGGUCAAGACCAUGUUCCUGGGGGCUUCACUGGCGGGGAAGUCCACCAUCUGCAAAAGCCUGAAGCAAGGGCAGUCCAAACUGGUGCCCAAGGAAGAGCGAACAGUUGGGAUAGAGAUCAGUGAGUUCCAGAUCGAGGACUUCACAUUUCUCUUUUGGGACUUUGCCGGCCAGCUGGAGUACUACAUGACUCACCAUGUGUUCAUCACCCCACAGGCGCUUGUCAUCCUCGUCAUUAAUCUUCACAUGUACCAAACUAAUGACAACACUUUCAAGGAGCUCGUUGGUUUCUGGAUCAACAACCUGUCCAUGCGAGUCCCAAACUCAGUGGUGCUUCCUGUGGGAACCCAUGUGGACUGCUGCCAGGAGGAGGAGAUUGAGGAGAAGAGGCAGGACAUCAUGGCCAAGAUCACAGCCAUGCUGGCAGAGAGAAAAAGCAACCUCACUCACUGCAUCAACAACCUGGAGGGCAGUGAGGAGCCCAAGCUUUACGUAGACCAGUGGGAGAGGCUGAAAGAGAUGGAGAGCUGCACGUUAACAAUCUUAAGCUUAGUUGCUGUCAACUGCAUGGAUCUCUGUGAUAUCAAAAAGCUCGAGGCCACUAUUUUGGAGCACGUGAAGAACGAGGAGCUCUUCCCCGAGGUGGUCCGAGUGCUGCCACCAGUUUACAGGCAGGUGGAAGCUGCCAUUGUGGAUAUCGCACAGAGCGAGGAGAUGGCAGACCAUGGCAUGAUGGACCUCCAGUACCUGCUCAGCAAACUCUCCCAGCACAAGCACCUGGCCAACCUGGGCAGAGAGCUUCUCCAGGACAUAUUGCGGUACCUUCACCGCAUUGGGCUUGUCGUGUGGUACGAGGAAAUCAAGCAACUGGAAAGCACUGUUUUUCUCCAGCCUACCUUCCUAAUAACUAUGUUCAAGCUCCUUGUGAGGUAUCGCCUAGUCCAGCAGCUCGAGAGCAUCUCUGUGGAGACACUGAUUGGGGAACAUGCCACCAUCAGAGACAGGGCCAACUGGGUGUGGACCUUCAAGUCAAAGGCAAUGUUGUGCCACCAGGCUGUGCGUGCUUUGGUGAAGCACCAGCUCUGUUCAGAAGGGAUGUGGGAUGUCUUUGAGGAAAUCAUGGGAAACGGGCCUCAGAGAGGGAGAGGGAAGCUCUUCAGCCUUCUGGAGCACUUUGAGCUCUGCCUGGAGGUGAGGCAUAUGGAAGCACUCAACCCACAGGCCAGUGAGUUUGUGCCUGGGAAGCUGUGGGAGACAACACGGAGCCAAGGCGAGUCCUGGUACUUGUUCCCAACCUAUCUGAACCAAACAGAAGAAGUCUCUGAGGUGUGGGGAGGAGAUCACCCCGAGGACCUCCACAUCCGUGCCUACUUCUCACCUGAAAUACCUGAGAGCUUCUUCCAGAGGUUCCUGGUGAAAGCUUGCUCCUUCUACUCCACACACUGGGUGGCCAAGGUGACCUGCCUGCUUGUAUGCAAUGGCAAACCUCUGCUGAUCAAAGAGAAUAACCAGAGGGCCUACAGCUACCUGGAGCUCCGGUGCAGAAAGCCAGCAGGAAGGACAGGUUUUCAGUUUGCAUGGGACUUCCUCGUGGCAGUUGUGCUCAUCAUCCAGAAGCUUGCUGAGGAGUGGCCGGGGCUGCACGUGUGUGUGAAGACUCCCUGCCGAACAGUGGGCUGUCCCGCAGAGUUCAUCUGGCCAGACAUGGAUGGCACAAGUGCCAUGACAAGGGAAGAUGUUAAAACAUGUGGGACGUGUGGACACCGUUUUGGCACAGAGCUGCUUCUGCCCAAAGUGCCCAGUCAACUGGAGAAGCCCCCAGCACAGCCUCCUGCUCACUAUUACGUGACAAGCUAUGGGACCACCACCUUUGGGCCCAGCAGCAUCCAGGUCACUAGGCAGAACAUCUCCAGUGAAUAAUUCUAGCCAGUGGGGAGGCACUUGCUGAAGAAUUACUUUUGUUUAGCCAAAGCCAAGCUGUCCUCAACAAUCUCUGCUUGCAAGUCAAAGUCAUGUUUGCAGCCUUAA